CCCAUGCGAUUUUGACUGGAGCGUAGAAAUGACCGCUGUCACAAGAAUAUCUUUUUCAUGGCACUGAUGAUGUUUCCAAGACGAAGAAGAUGCUUGUUUUGCCCGCUGUAACUGAAGCGUGUAAUUAAAAGACCAUGGCUCGGGUUGUAAAAGUGUUCCGGAUUCUGCGGAAUAACUGGAAGAAAUCCACAUUUGCUGUGGGUGUGCUGUCUUACGGUGGCCAUUGGCUCUACGGUAAACAUUGUGACAAUGUUUUGCGAAGAGAAGCCUGUCUACAGGCCAGGGAAUUUGGGCGUCAACAAAUAAUGCCGCAGGAACAGCUGAAGAAAGCAACUGUUAUCUUGAACCCUGCAGCUUGUGAUGGGAAAGCCAACAAUUUAUUUGAAAAGAAUGCUGCCCCAAUUUUACACUUGGCUGGAAUGGAGGUUAAACUAGUUAAGACAGAUUAUGAAGGCCAGGCUAAGAAACUAAUGGAGCUUAUGGAACAGACAGACUUGCUGAUAGUAGCUGGAGGGGAUGGCACCUUGCAGGAAGUUAUCACUGGUUUACUACGCAGACCAGAUCAAGAAACAUUCAGUAAUACCCCGAUUGGGUUCAUUCCACUGGGCUCUCACAACUCCCUUAGUCCAAGUCUUCACCUCCUUAGUGAUAACAAAGUCAAGCACAUUACCUCCGCGACUCUAUCCAUUCUGAAAGGAGAGACAGUUCCUCUGGAUGUGCUACAAAUCAAAGGUGAGAAAGAGCAGCCAGUCUUUGCUCUGAUGGGACUGCGUUGGGGUGCUUUUAGAGAUGCUGCUGCUACCAUCAGCAAAUAUUGGUAUCUUGGACCACUUAAGACGAAAGCAGCACAUUGGUUAAGUACUCUGCGGGAGUGGCCUUUGGCACGUGAAGCCACAGUGUCCUACCUGCCUCCCAGUCUUAGGCCUCCUGACCUUCCCCCACAGAAGCCCCCAAGGCCCAACCUGCUAUACCGCAUCUUCCGCAGACUGAAGAACUACUGGAACCCACCUGUUGAGGAACCUCCAAAAGUAGAGGAACCAGAGAAGUGGGAGGAACAGCAGCUGUCAACAUUGGAGUUAAUGAUUCAGACACACAACAAAAACCCAGUGGAGAGGCGCAUACACGAUUCACUGAUGAUCUGUGCUGAGCCAGACAACUUCACUGUGGGAGAUUUCAUCACUGUCGGAAGUAAAAAAGCAGAUGAUCCAUCUCAGUUCACCUCAGUGUCCACAAAGCUGGAAGCCGGUGCUUGUCAAGUCAAACUGCCAGAGAGUGGAUGUGGCUUCUACAACAUUGAUAAUGAGGAGUAUGAAGCAAUGGCUGUAGAGGUGAGGCUGUUGCCCCGGAAACUGCACUUUUUCAUCAGCGGAGAACGCAGACAACAGCUCCUCACACAGGUGCAGUGAUGACAAGUUAGAUGAAGAAACAAGAAGAGCAACCACAAAGAAGAAAAAAAUGUGUUUAAAGAAACAAUGAGCAGCGGUUCUGUUUCCUUGAACUGCAUUAGUUCAUAUCGAAAACUGAUGUCUGCAUUGCCUGUUUUUUUUUUUUAUUAUCUUAAAUCAUUGUUUUGAAGCAAAGGUCUCUUUUACUACAUGUACAUGUCCCUAAAAUAAUCUCUUGGACUUAAGUUAUGAAAGAGGACUACAUUACAUUUUGUUAUAAAGGACCAAGUUUUUUUCUUGAAUUUUUUAAGACAAAUCUGUACAUUAGUAUGUCUGUCCACAGUAAUUAUGUUUACUGAAUGACCCACUAAUAUCGUCACAUCGAAACUCGGUCAAUAAAUGUAUGUCCAUUUCAGAAAGUUCUGUG